AAAAAGCUGAUAGUAAGGGAGACAGUGCCUGAAUAUUAUCUAGAAGAUUUGGAAAUGCAGAUCAAUUGCAGAGGUUGGGAACGAAAUUUUGUCUUCUUGCCUGCUACUCUACCUUGCUCCCAGCUCUCGGUUUGUAUAGGAGGCAUUAUGUUUUCAAAGCAAGAGAGAAAAUGAACCUCUGGUGCUGGGCUCAUUCAAAGCAGGGGGGUUCCCAUCUACAUCGCGCUCUCGUGAUUCAUCAUCUCGGCCAUCUAGACUGACUGCUGCAGCGGUUUUGAUAACCAGGGAUUCGGAGGUGAUGUGGAAAACACUCAGAAUGGAAGGCAUACUGCCAUGUCUCCUCCUGCUGGUGGGAGCAACCAUCACUGCUCAGUGCCAGGGCUUGCGCGUACGUUUCAAACGGGGAGCCAGAUCUAGAGCCAUUUGCACAGACAGUUCAUCUGGAGAAAUUUACCAGCACAGGGGGACCUGGCUCAGGCUCUCAGGGAGCAGAAUAGAAUACUGUAGGUGCGACAGUGGUCGGAGUCGCUGCCACACUGUGCCUGUCAGAGCCUGCACUAGAAAUAAAUGCUACAACGGGGGCCAGUGUUCACAGGCGUAUUAUUCCCCACAGCUCUUCAUCUGCCAGUGCCACCAAGGUUUCUCUGGGAAGCAGUGUGAAAUAGAUACUGAAGUCAAGUGCUACAAAGAUGCUGGAGUAACAUACAGGGGUACAUGGAGCAUGACAGAGAGUGGAACUGAAUGUUUAAAUUGGAAUAGCAAUGGCUUGAUGGACCGGACAUACAGCAGCCGAAGAGAGGAUGCUGCUGAGCUGGGAUUGGGCAAUCACAACUAUUGCAGAAACCCAGAUGAGGAUUCCAGACCUUGGUGCUAUAUCUAUAAAGGGGGAAAGUACAUCUGGGAACACUGCAGUGUGCCCUCCUGUUCAAAAGUUGGGAACAUCAACUGCAAAUCUGGAAGAGGCACAGAUUACCGAGGCAGCCACAGUGUUACCAGUUCCGGAGCUACCUGUCUGAGGUGGAAUUCUGGAAUCCUUAUCAACAAGUUAUAUACUGCUUGGAGAAGAGACGCUUACCAGCUGGGCCUUGGAAGCCACAAUUUCUGCCGGAAUCCUGACAAUGACAGCAAGCCCUGGUGCCAUGUACUGAAAGGAAAUCAGCUCACAUGGGAGUACUGCAAUGUGCCUACUUGCUCCACCUGUGGCUUAAGGCAGCGCAGAGUACGCCAGUACAGGAUUAAAGGUGGCUCCUAUGCAGACAUUGCAGCUCACCCAUGGCAAGCUGCCAUCUUUGUGAAGUAUCGCCAAGCACCUGGAGAGCACUUCCUCUGUGGAGGAAUUCUGAUCAGUUCCUGCUGGGUUUUGUCAGCUGCUCACUGUUUUGAGGAAGGCUUUAGUACAAAUCAGCUGAAGGUUGUGCUGGGUAGGACCUCCCGAGCAACUCCCGAGAAAAAUGAACAAAAGUUUCAAGUGAAGAACUACAUUGUGCAUCAGAGAUUUGACUCAGAAAAUUUCAACAAUGAUAUUGCUCUGCUGCAGUUGAACUCAGAUGCAGAAGACUGUGCUAUUGAAACAGACACUGUCCGUGCUGCCUGCCUCCCUGCAAGAGAACUGCAGCUGCCUGACUGGACUGAAUGUGAGAUCUCUGGUUAUGGCAGAAGUGAAGAAUUUUCUCCAUUCUAUUCAGAGCACCUGAAAGAAGGCCAUGUCAGACUGUUUCCAGCCAGUCGGUGCACAACACAGCAUCUCGACAACCGGACAGUUACAGACAAUAUGUUAUGUGCAGGAGACACGAGGAACCUUGAUGAUGCCUGCAAGGGUGACUCUGGAGGGCCUCUGGUCUGUAUGAAGGAUGAUCGUAUGUAUCUAAUUGGAAUCAUCAGCUGGGGAAUAGGCUGUGGCCGCAAAGACAUGCCUGGUGUUUAUACAAAUGUGAAUCGUUAUCUUGACUGGAUUCAGGACAACAUGAAACCCUGAGAAAGAAAAACGAACUAUCCACACUCUUGCGGCCAUGCCCUCCCAGCUUCCAUCUGGGUGCUUUAAGGACGCUGACAGGGCGUUCUGUUGGUCCAGAUGCUUGUGACUUUCAGUACAAGAUGACGACAAACUGCAGCAUGUGGGAAGGGCACAUUCUCAAAUCACUCUCCUUUCCUUGUUACAGGUAACCGGAAACUAACACUCCUCUCCCCCCCACCCCCAAGCUUUCUCCCUGCAUCAGAUCACAUGAGUACAAUUAAAAAUAAAUUUUGGCCUGAGAGAAUAAACCAAGAGAGAGAAUCAUGCAUCCUGUGAACAGCUAUGUUGUUUUGGGAAUGGGUGUGAACUGAAGGCAAAGGGGACAGAUUUUGUUUUCUGAAAACUUCAUCUCCCUCCUUAUUUGGCUGUAAAUUUGGAAGACAUUCCAGUCAGGCUUAAGCUCUGUCCUUAUACUAUUUUACUUUGGUUAUUUAAGCUGCUUUCAGCUUGACUCCAAUAGAAAGAGCAAGGCUGUAGGCAUGGGCUGCUUAUUUCCAUAUCAAUAUACUACUUGCUUUUUCAAUUUGGAACUCAUUCAUUAACUGGGUCUGAGCUUAAACUCUCUGAGCAAAUCCAGGAUGGCACACUUGUUAGGACAUUCCAUUCUUCCACUUGCUUUUCCUCCUGGUAGGAACUAAAUACUUAAAUAAAUAUCGAACAGGUACAAAUCUCACCACCAGCCUUAUCUGCCACAGAAUCAACACAUUACUUUUUGACUAUUAAAAUUUCUAUGCAUUAUCAUCUGACAUGAAAGCAAAAGCUCUUUCUUUAGCACAGCAGGGUGGGGCAAAGGGUAACUGUAAUGAUGGCAAUUUCAGGCAGCUGCUAGAUUUACAUCCCCAAGUAAAGAUCAGGUCAAACGUCACAAGGCUGCAUAGGUCACGUAACAGAAAGCAGGACAGGUAUAACCAAGUCACCAUGAACUAGAAUCUCAAUAAUCAAGCAUUACUUACUUGCAUUGCAGUUGCUGUGUGACGCUAAAUGGUAUCUAUACACAUCCUAAGAGUUAAGCCUCUUUGAGAGAUUCUUUCCUGUCCAAUUGUUGUAUAAAGUAAGAGGAAGCAGGUGUGGCUACCAUUUUACAAAAGGAAAAACAUUAUAUUGAGGCUACAAAAGGAGCUUAGCAUUAGUAUCAAUCAGGCAUUGUAGCUAGAAAACUAGUCUGCUUUAUUUGGGAAAGGCAAAACAUUGUAACUCAAAAUGUUUACUCUCACAGUUUUAAGGAACUCUCUGAUGAUCUACUAGGACAGCCUCCAGUCACAUAGAGAAACUAAGUACAGAAGAGAGAUUUGGUAACGACAGCCAUUACUUCCUCAAAUGGGUUUUGUAAAUGGCAGCUUUACAAAUGGUCCAUGUCUUUCUAGCUACCACCUUAGAAACUGACCUCGAAGAGAUCUUCCAUAAUGUCCUCAGAGAAACAGGGGUAUAAGUCCAGUUAGCUUCAGCAAUGAAUCACAUAUUCCAGCCAGUGGAAGGCCAAAAAAAAAACCAAACCCAAGAUUUUUAUUGAAAAAGAGUCACAGUGCAGGUUUUUGAGUGUGAUUUUUUUUGUUGUUAUUUGUAUUUUAUUAAGUAUAAACCUUGAGAAAAAGACAACUUAAUUUCCAUUCCUCUCCCCUAAACCCAUUUCCAAGUGCUGCUAUGCCUCACUAUCCUGCCAUUCACAAGCCUGCCAAAUAUUUGCAGCCUGUAAAACACCCAAAACUGUUCCGAUGAGUGACACAGGUAAGUAUCCUCAAGAACACAACUUUUGUUUGACAAUUCAGUCUAUUAAAUACGUUAUUUGAGCUUGAUGUGAUCUAACAGCCACCAGUAAAAUGUAACUGAACCACACCUGAUACUGCUAUCUUUUAGAAAAAUACAUCCUUCAAAAAUAUAAGUUGCAGAGAACAGUUUUACAUCACAGCCAUUACCAGCUCCUUGAAAGUACCCUUAGAUGAAAUAUCCAAGGUAAUAAGAGAGCUAUGCAAGCCUUAGCUGCCAUCUCUGUACUAGCUACUUCCUUCCACCCUGCUCUGUCUUCUGUGACAUCUUCUCUGUAGCUGACUUAAAGGGCCCAGAAUAGACUCAAUUUUUUUUCCAAAUGCUUCUUUAUCUCUCAUUUUGUAACAGAUCCUUAAUCUGUGAGAUCUACUAAAUACCAGUCCACUAACUAGAACUGAUGUUUCUCCAACCUUACUUCUCGCAUUUCAUUUCUCAAAAGUUGCUGCCACCUACCUCAGUGCAUUUGACUGCAUUUCUCUGGCUUCUUUACCUAUUACAUCCCUCCCUGAUAAAAAUCCCCAAGAUGGUUUCCACCUCUACAUCAGCUUUUCCUCUUCUUAUCCUACUUGUCCUCUUCCAGCACAGAGUAGCACCGUCUUGAGACAAGGUCUAAGACAAUAAUGAUUGCCAUCUGCUUGCCUCAUCUUUCCACUCACUUCACAGUCGGUAUCAUCACGUUCAAGUUCUUUCAGCAUUUAUUGUAACUGAAGUGCAACACUCUGUAUUUCUCCCUCCAAAACUCCUUUUAUCAUCAUCUACCAAGUUAUCUCACUGAUGUUGCUCCCCACUUCAUCUUUCAUUCCAUUGCAACUUGCAGACAUGUCAGACUGAUACAGAAAGCUUGUCAUAAGGUUAUGCCAGACACCCUUAUGCAUAUAAGCAGCCUUUCAAGAUCUCAAGUAACAAGAAUCACUUAAGCACGGAAGAAAAGAUACUUGAAAAAACAAAGCUACAAAGCCAAAGGAUGAUAGCAGUACUUGAGCAGGAAGGUGAAGAGGUAUUUCACUGUCUUCAUAAUUAAAGCACAGCCCUUAGCCUGCUACCCAAAACCCUACCUCACGAACAAAAAUGGUUUAGCUGCAUUCCUAAAGACAAUUUCACUGAGGGUCUAGGAAGAGCUCAGUAGUCCUUUGGGGAAACGUUAAGAAAAAUUACCAAGAAAGUAAUUAAUUGUAGCUUUUCAGACAGUGACUCAGUCCCAAGCUUACACUCCCAACUACAGACAGACAUUUAUCUCCCUAAGACACCAACUAGCCACAAUCCAAUUGGCAUUAUUUACCUUCCUCCUCAAAUACCAACUGCAUUUCUUGUAAAGCCCACACAAACCACUCUGAAAUGACACAGAUGACAUGUAAAAAUGAAUUUUAUUGAUGCCCUUGCUGAAGGUGGUAUUUGCACUGAACACGCUCAGCAGUAAGGCCACCUGCUAUGGCAUUCAUCAGUUGCACUGGAACUUGCAUUUCCACAAGCAAGAUGCCACUCAUCCGCUGCAAGUGUGCAUCACAUGCAAAUCAGAAUGUAUGUUAUCCUUCAUUUAGGGUCACCUUGUUCUGUUCACACGUAUGAACUGUACAUGCUGCACAGCCACCUGACCUGUAGUCACUUGCACAGCAGCUUAGGGACAAGUUCUGCUGCCACAGAGAAAACACAUUGGCAUCUAGUGGCCAAUGAGCACAUUACAGACAAUAAAGAACAGUGCAGAUGCCUCUCAUUUCAUAUUUUUGCUGUACAGAUGAAGCUCAGACUGGAAUGGCAGAUGCAGCAACAGCUCCUGCAGAACAGAUGGUCCCAGUGAAAAAUCCAGCGUAGGCUUGAAUUCACCUGCACAGCAGCUGAUUGGUACAGGAACUCGAAUGAGGUAGGACAGCCAGAAACACUACAGAGGUACCAGGACACAAUUAUCUCAAGGAAAGACGUCGGUGAGCAGGAGAACAGCAGUAUCACCUUCAUUUGUAAUAGGCAGGCAGAGACAAAAAGAGGUUCCAACAAGUUACAAUAGCAAUCAUCUUCAUUUAGCCACAGUUUCAGUUUCCAUCAGAGUGCUGUGUGUCCACAAAACUUCUCCCGCCUGUCUGUAUCUUCCCUGAGUCCCUAAAGAAGCUAGGAGAAUCCCUACCUUCAAAUACUGACGAAAUAAGAAGAGAUGCAGAAUUACAUUGAGAUGUCACCACCCAUCAGUUACAAGAUCACGUGUGCUACAGUCAGCCCUUCAUAAAAUAUCAUACUAAAAUUUGGGUGGGUUUCCAGUCCAUCUCCAGAGAUUCAAGAUACCUGAUGACCAAGAUGGCUUAUGAAAUAU